CAACGAUAACGACAACGAUAAUUACGACGACGGCGACAACAACGACGACGACGAGAAAUAUAAAAAAGGAAAAAAAAAAGGAGUCGGUGGUGAGAGAAAGAAAGAAGAGAAAAGGAGAAAGCACGCUCGCGUGCGUACGUCAUCGUACGUGCGUGCGUGCGUGCGCGCGUGGGCUCAGAGAUUGGUCAGAAAGUGGUGGGGAGAAUAGAAUAGGGGCGGGGGUGGAGAGAUUUUAGGAAAGGCGCGUAACACCUGACGGAAAAAGCGCUUAGAGCCUUUCAUAAAUGAUUAUGCGGUGGGCGACAGCCGCCCUUACCUUGGCGGUGAUCGCUUUAUUUAUUUUCGACACUACUACCGCCAGGCAUCAUCACCAUCAUCGUUCUGGUAAUGGUCAUAAACCGUCCAGUGAUAUAUCGCUUUGGAUCGACCAACAGCAAAUCAAAAUGUUCAGCGGUGUUGAAAUGGAGAUCUAUGUUAUUUCGGAGGGCAUUGUUUUAUCAUAUCUUUUGGAUCCAGAAUUUGAAAAUAAGCUGCCGAUUAUUCCUAGCGAAGUAUCGUACGUAAACUUUACAUGGAAAUCUGGUGUAAAAAAAUAUUAUUAUAACUUUUAUCGACUGAAAUCUUUUGAUGAAUCAAUUCUCAAAACUCCAUCGAUCACGAUUAAAACCCAAGGACGAGUACCGAAAAGAGCAAAGGAAUUUAGCGUUUUAUUACCUUGUACUGGAAAUAAUUCAGGAGUAGCACAAUUUGGAAUUGGUUUAAUGAUUGAAACACGGAAAGGUAAACCAUUGAACGGAACACCGCUUCAUCUUAGUUUAAGAAAAGAAUGCAACUUACGCGAGCCAAAUCCUGGGCCUUGCCCCGACGGUUAUUUGGGUCCACCUCAUUGUAAAAAAGCACUCUGUUAUCCAAAUUGUAUGAAUGGUGGCAACUGUACUGCUCCCGGCGUAUGUUCGUGCCCUCCUGGAUUUCAAGGACCUUACUGCGAAGGGGGUAUUUGUUCAGAAAAAUGUUUAAAUGGUGGAAAAUGUGUACAAAAAGAUACUUGCGAAUGUCCCAAAGGUUACUUUGGUUUACAUUGCGAAUUUUCAAAAUGUGUUAUUCCUUGUCUGAAUGGAGGUAAAUGUAAAGGAAAUAAUAUAUGCCGAUGUCCUGCUGGCUUUAAAGGCGAUCACUGCGAAAUAGGUAGACGUUCGCCGCAACGAUCACCUUGCACAAGAGCUUGCAGAAAUGGAACUUGUCAACCUGAUAAUACGUGCCUUUGUGAUCCCGGAUGGUUUGGAAAAUUAUGUAACAAAAAUAAGCCUUGGGCUUAAAAAUGAAACAUACUUCUCGACAGUGGUAUUAUCUUUAUAACAAGUUGGAUUAACAAAACUAUUGACAUUUAUCCGAAAAUAUUGAGAAAAAAAAAUAUAGGUUUCAUAUCCUUUAGAAAAAUAUGAAACAUUUAAAGAAACAUCUGAAAUAUGCAUAAAAUUAAUAAUCCAAUUAGUUAAUGCCACAAAAAAAAAAUAUCAAUGUGUUUAGUUUGUAAUUCAUCCCACCCGAGAUGUGAUAUAUAAAAUUGCUUUACAGCAAUUUAAGCUAUUAAUUAUUAUUUUAAUAAUAUACUUUUAUAUUGUUACAUUUGUAGUUGUGACUGUGUAAAAAGGAAUACAACUCGUUUUUUUCCACCUUUUAA